GAUCCGAAAGCGAUCAAUGACCAAUCACAACCAUUUCUUUGAAGAAUAAAUGGUUGUGAUUGGUCAAUGACGUCAUUGGGUGUGUUCAGAACACACAACAGUUGAGCAACAUUACUAGAUUUUAUAUAUUAAAUAGCGAUAUAAAUAUAGCUUAAUCUAGUAACGUUGCUCAACUGUUGUGUAUUCUGAACGCACCUAUUGAUCGCUCUCAGAUCGAUUAAACUUCCUUCAUUCAAAAACGCUAUACUAUUUGUGUGGUUUAAUUCGCUCGUGUUGUUUUUGCUUUUGUCGUUUUUUAUUUAGCCAUUUGCUAAUUUAUUUUUAUUUACUCUAUUUUGCGUUUUAUAUUUUUAACAUGAUUUGUCGUGAUUAUAUGCUUCGUGUAUGUCGAAGAAAUCCUUGCAAAAUGCGACAUGAAGUAGAAAGAUGUACUAGUGAUGAAGAAAAUUUAUGUAAAAAAGUAUUCCUUACGAACGAUGAAGUCGUUGAAAUUAAUCUAAAUAUACGUCCAUUUCGGGAAACUGUUUAUAAAGAAAUGAAACGAUUAGCAUAUGUAUUAAGGGAAACUUAUUCCGAAGAUUUGAAAGUUACGACCUGUACAUUAAAUAUGUUGGGCGAAUGUUUAUUUCCAUGUUUGGCCUGUGGAACAGCUGUUAGAAAUCUUGUAGAAAGCACACCAGUAUGUAAUAAAUGUUAUGUUCCACUUGUGGAAAACAAGAUCAAUGCCUUAAGAUGUGGACAUGCAUAUUGUGCCUAUUGCAUUAAACGUCUUUCACUAACAAUAGAAGGACCGCUUCCUCUUUUAAAAUGUAAUCAAUGCCAACAGUGGGCAGUAAAGUUUGUGUUAUAUUAAGCAAAGGAAAAACAAAAAAGGACA